AUGACACAACCCAGCCAUCCUCCCACUCCCCUAGAAUGGGUCACAGUCAAAACAACCCUCCCCAAAACCCCCUACCCUCCCAUGUCCACCCGAGAGCCCAUCCGAACAGAACGCCUCAUCCUCCGGCCCUACGCCGCCACAGACCUCAACGACUUCCACCUCCUCCGCACACAGCCCGAAGUCAUGAAGUGGACAACGCAAGGCAAGCCCGACCCCGACCUGGAGCACACCUCAAAGGUCUUUGCCAACAGGGUACCGGGGAGCGACGCCGGCGAGUCGGCGUACGAGUUCGCCGUCUGCUGGGCCGAGACGGGCGAGAUGAUUGGCACGGGAGGCUCGCACAUGCGCGAGGGCGAGCUCGGCUGGCCGGUCAUUGGCUACAUGAUCCGCUCCGAGUUUUGGGGAAAGGGCCUUGCGACGGAGCUGGUGACGGCGGUGCUCGAGGCGUACUGGGCGCUGCCCCGUGAGGAGGUCGAGAUCAUGGUGGAGAGGAGCACUAUCGAGGGUAGUGAGGACGAGCCGCAGCUGGAGCGGAUCACGGCUGUGACGGCGGAUUCGAAUGGGCCGAGUCAGAAUGUGCUGGGGAAGCUGGGCUUCAAGCUUGUGAAGAAGUGGGAGGAGGAGGAUCCUAACAAUCCUGGCGUGAUGGAGCUGCUGUAUGGAUAUGCUCUGCAGACACCGAAGGUGUGA